CGACUAAAUUGGUUCUGGCAUUAGUGGACAAUGGUUGGCCAACCACCAACAGGUCAACGUCGAUUGUAAGUCUUACAUGAGGUCCAAACAGUAUAGUCCAACAUUAAGUGGCCAUUCUUAAAAAGGAACAAUUUUUUAUUUAUUUAUUGAACGAAUUCACAACUUCAACCAAUUUGUAUGGAUUUUAAGAACUCAAUCUCAUUUUCUCUUUUAAAUGAAACUUUUCUAUUAACCUUUUUAAGGCUUUUCGACAUUUGUCUGCGGUAAAUGAAAAUCCUAUUCUCAUUGACAUCUCGUCGUUCAACAUCUGUCACAUUUGUUAUAAGAUUAAUUCGAUUAUUAUUUCUAUUAUAUAAGUUAAGAUUAGUACAUACAAGAAUGUACGGAGACGGCAAGCAUGUUUGUACAAUUUCACACACGUCUGAAUGUGCGGAUGUGCCGCCGACUGCAAACUUUUUUCAAAGACAGCGCUGCGUGGUGCGCGGGUUGGUCCGUCCGUGCGCGUGGCACCACGGGUCCACGCUGUUCAUCCGCAGCCUCAAGCGCCUGCACAAGGAGCGCGAGCGGCACGUGUCCUGCGUCUGGCACCCCUACAGCCCCAUCAAGUACUACUGGGACUGCAUGCAACUCUUCUUCGUAUUCGCCGUCUUCCUCUACAUGCCCGUGCAAGUCUUCAUCACAUGUCCGAAUUAUUACGACCCGUUCAUUUUGUUCACUGACGCACUGGCUUUCCUCAACGUUUGCUCCCUGUUCGUGACUGGCUAUCUCGAACACGAACACAAAGUUAUCAUCCUAGAUCCAAAAAUGAUAGCGAUACACUACCUGAAGACAAACUUCAUAACAGAUUUCAUUGGGUGUUUACCUUUACAGCUAAUCGAGCCAUUUAAAGAGUGCGAGUACCCGACUCAUACAAUCAUGUUCCUAUUUAAGCUCCUCAGAAGUACAUCCCUGAACGCACAAUGGAAAAACGUUAUAGGUCAGUUCCAGCUGUCGUACAUCAACUACGUGGCGUUGAAGAUAUUUGUGAUGUUGAUCAUGUUCUUCCACUGGAUGACUUACAUACAUUACCAAGUACCAAUAUUUUGCUAUCAUCUGUAUGAAAAGACUGACGCUUUCAUAGCGUGGCUGAAGCGGUUUCACAUCAUGAAGCACGAGGAGGCAGAGCAUUCAUUAUUUCAGAAGUACAGCACGAACUUUUAUUUAGUAUGCGGGCUGUGCAUCGGCGCGGGGUACUACACCCCGCUGGACACGCACUUCGUGCCCGAGCUGUUGCUGUCGUCGGGCAUGGGCCUGCUGGGCCUACUGUUCCUCACGUACGCCUUCUCCGCGCUCCUCCGCCUGGCGAUAUAUCACCAGUUCGAAACUUACUGCUUCAGUGGCAAGGCCAGAGAAUUAGAGGAGUACAUGGUGUUCAUGCGGUUGCCGAAGUAUUUGAAGAGAAAGAUCAGAUUGUUUAUUAACUACAAGUUCAACGAGCACUUCUUCCACGAGGAGGCGAUCAAGAACACGAUCAACGAGCAGAUCCGGCAGGACAUCAACAUGCACUGCUGCCAGCGCCUCGUCAUGAACGUGCCGAUGUUCCAGGACAUGCCCGUCGCACUCAUCAACUCCAUUAUAUUCAGUUUGAAGCAAGUCUUGUACAUGCCUGGCCAGAUCAUAGUAGAGUUCAACAAGCCUGGCGAGUCCAUACACUUGAUAUCUUCAGGAACUGUGGCAGUUAUGGAUGCCACGGGAAGAGAGGUGGCGCAUCUACGAGAUGGAGCGUUCUUUGGUGAGAAUGCUUUGCUAUCGCCCGGUAUACUACGCACUGCUACCAUCAUCGCGCUCGAGAUCACAGAGAUUUAUAAACUGGACAGUCCGUCGUUCCUGGCGUGCCUGCAGCCGUACCCGCACCUGAAGCGGCGCAUGGACGACGCGGCCUCGCGCCGACCGCUGCGACACGCGCGCCCACGGCACAAGCCGCCCAGCAACUAGCGGGGCCACAGACAUCAGGCGCGGCACAACUUGUGGGACAUCAUGAAUA